CGUAUAUGGGAUUAUUGUACAUGUGAAGUAGGCACACAUUGUCCGGAGGAUAUUCAACAUCGGACACAGAUAUAAUCCUAUGACUGAACGAUGGAACCAAAACACAGUGAGGAGAUGUCCUUGCUUCUUUCAACAUAUAUGGACCGGUUUGUCAUGGGGACACGAGAGCAGCUAAAUAUGAAGAUAAGGUCACAGGUUUUAGGUGAACAGUUAGAAAAUUCUGACACCGAUCUUCAUAAUGCAAUUAUUUUGUGUGGAAGUAAAGGAGAAGGCAUGGCUUUACCUUGUUCAGAUGGAGACUAUAUGAUAAUAAACCGAACAGUGAAGGUGAUGUACCCUGAUGAGCGUAUUCCUCCAAACAUGGCACACAAAACAAUUCUUUUUAUGAGAGAGGCAGACUGCAACCCAGGCUAUGUCAACUUAGAGCUUGGUAAGGCAGGACAAAGCCAGGAAGAAGAAAGAUUAUAUAAUUCGCUCGUUAGAAAAGACUCUUUAAUAUUUGUAUCUAGUGAUAUUUACAGAGAGCAACAGAUGGAUCUCUUAAGGACAAACUUAGGCGUCAAUUUCGAAAUAACAGGGCCUAGUGUUGCAUCAACAGAAGGUGACAGUGUCUUUGGGUUUGAAUGUAAAAGUUGGCCAAAGGAGGAUAGAGAAUGGGUCACACGUUCACGUCUGUAUGGAUGGCCGCGUCAAACAUUGAUAAACAAAAUUGUACAGAGCGGAUGUCAUCUUGUCCCAGUCGGAGAUAAGUGUUCUGAUGAUACAUCUUUACAAUGGAGGAUCUCUUUUGUAACAGCAGAGAAAUCCUUAGUCUACUCCUUUAGUCAUGUUCAACACAAAGUUUAUGUUUUGCUCAAGUACUUUUUGAGACAAAUAAAAGACGCAUUAAAAGAAAACAUUGGGGACGAUGACAUCCUAUGCUCCUAUUUCAUGAAAACAAUUCUUUUUCAUGCAAUAGAGAAUUCCAGUAAUAUGUUUUGGCAAGACAAAAACUUAUUUUGUUGUUUCUGGUUUUGCUUUAACAUUCUGAUCACUUGGGUCAAGGCAGGAUUCUGUCCUAAUUACUUCAUUCCUACCAAUAACUUGUUCAAAAGGAAAGUACAUGGACAGCAUCAGCAAAUACUGUUGAACAUUUUAAAACACCUCAGUCAGAUGAAAUGGAUGUGCUUGUCAGUCGGUGACUAUUACGAACCAAUAUGGAAGAGUUUAUCUGACCCUUCAGUACAAACAGAUCUUCAAUGCACAAUACCUCCUUGGAAAAUUGUACUGGAAGAGGAUUUACAAAUAACUGAUGGUUUAAUGAAAAAUUUGUUGACCGAACGUGUCACGUUCAAAACUAUCACGGCGGCAAUGCAUUUAUUAUCAACAUCUCAGACAAACUUUGAUGACAUCUACACGUAUCACUAUGCUAUGAAAUGUCUACAAAUACUAGCGACAGAACAAGUUUUUCCAGACAACAUGGCGGCAAUAAAUAACAAGAAAAGGUACUUUAGAUUGAAGAAAGGUGAACUCUGGAUGAUUCCUACUGCGGUAUUUGGUACGGAACUUUUGCAUUUGGCAACUUUCCAUUUUCUGACUGGAGCUCUCCGUAAAUCAUUGAAGAUGAGCAAACAAGUGGUGGCAUUAUGUAAGACAGAUCAUUCUGAUAGAUAUCUACGAGAAGUGCACAGACACAAAUGUCUUCGAAUAGCACAAAGAUUUGAAAGAUUGCAGAAAAUAUUCACACAGUCGUUAAUAUUUCAUCACGAGAGGAUGCAUCUUCCUCAUUUCAGUCAAGAGUUGUGCAGAAAAUAUAGGCAAUUGGUAAUUCCGCCAUUGCCCUAUGCCUUGUUCUUGACCUUUCUGUGCUGCCACGGGAUCGGAGACACCGAAGGAAGUGCUAAGGCAUUGCAAAACCUGAAAGAUAUCCAAUAUGAUGACGUGAAUGGAGGACAAAAACAAUGGAUCGUUCACACUCUCCUGGGGAUAUGUUUCCAAACUAUUGGGGACUAUCAUAGGGCAGUCCAAGCUUACUGGGAAUCAGCAAGAUCAAAGACUUUACAAUAUGAGUGGAAUCCCGCCAUUGAACGAAUAGCCGUGGUGUAUCUAUGUAUGUAUGCCUCCCAGCGAUCCAACAAAGUAUAGUUGUGGUUUCUAUAUGUACGUAUGCCUCUCAGCGAUCUGACGUAGUAUAGCUGUGGUGUACGUAUGCCUCUCAGCGAUCUGACGUAGUAUAGCUGUGGUGUACGUAUGCCUCUCAGCGAUCUGACGUAGUAUAGCAGUGGUGUACGUAUGCCUGUAUCGUCAGCGAUCUGGCGUAGUAUAGUUGUGGUGUACGUAUGCCUCUCAGCGAUCUGACGUAGUAUAGCUGUGAUGUACGUAUGCCUCUCAGCGAUCUGACGUAGUAUAGCUGUGAUGAUUUUUGCAUGUGUGUAUGACUCACAGAGCAUAUCUGAGGUGUAUCUAUACGUAUAUUUCUAACAGAGAUCUAACGGAUCAUACAUGUGGUGCAUUUAUGAAUAUUUGCUUCACAGGGGUCUAGCUGUGAUAUAUCUUUUAUGAAACAGAGGUGUGACAGAGGAUAACUGCCGUGUUUCCUAUGUAGGUAUGUUUCUAUCAGGUCUGACAGAGGUUGGAUGCGGUGCAUCUAUGUAGGUAUGUAAAACAACGUUCUGAUAGGGGAUGGAUGCGGUGCAUCUAUGUAGGUAUGUAACACAACGUUCUGAUAGGGGAUGGAUGCGGUGCAUCUAUGUAGGUAUGUAACACAACGUUCUGAUAGGGGAUGGAUGCGGUGCAUCUAUGUAGGUAUGUAACACAGCGUUCUGAUAGGGGAUGGAUGCGGUGCAUCUAUGUAGGUAUGUAACACAACGUUCUGAUAGGGGAUGGAUGCGGUGCAUCUAUGUAGGUAUGUAACACAACGUUCUGAUAGGGGAUGGAUGCGGUGCAUCUAUGUAGGUAUGUAACACAACGUUCUGA